GACGCUUUCCCUUCCUCCGCCGCCUUCGACGCCAUCAACGCCACUCUACAGGCUGAUGCGGCUGAGCGCAAAGACGCCAUCGAUAAGGCCAAGGCCGUCAUCGCUUUCAACAUUAAGAACAGCCAAAACAAAGAGGGGAGCUGGUAUCUCGAUCUCAAGGAGAAGGGUGUCGUCGGCCAGGGUGCACCUCCGGGCGGAAAGGCUGACGUGACCCUCUCUUUGUCGGAUGCCGACUUCGGCGCCCUGGUGAGCGGCAAGGCCAAUGCUCAGCGGCUCUUUAUGGGAGGCAAGCUCAAGAUCAAAGGCAACAUCAUGAAGGCGACUAAGAUGGAGCCCGUCCUGAAGAAGGCACAGGCCAAGGCCAAGCUAUAG